UGCUCUUUCGUUCUUAAAAGGCUAUUAAUUCCCCCUCUCUCUCCGAAAGACAAGAAUGAUGACGAGCAGCUUGCAGAGUUGGCCCGAGCCGAUCGUCCGGGUCCAAACCUUAUCAGAGAGCGGGGUCGCCCGGAUCCCCGAGCGCUAUGUGAAACCACCCUCAGAGCGACCCUUGCCAAUUCCCAAAUUCACCCCUCGAGGUCGCGACCGCACGCACGACAGCACUAAUAUACCCGUUAUCAACCUUGAUAGCAUAAUGUCGAGUGGCGACAGGUCCACCCUCCUCCUCGAGCACAUCUCGUAUGCGUGCCGGGAGUGGGGGUUCUUCCAAGUGGUGAACCACGGGGUGAGUGAUGAACUGAUGGGGGCGGCAAGGGAGGCAUGGAGGGAGUUCUUCGGGCUGCCGGUGGAGGCAAAGCAGGAGUACGCAAACAACCCGAGCACGUACGAAGGGUACGGGAGCCGGAUUGGGGUGGAGAGGGAGGCCACGCUCGACUGGUGCGAUUAUUUUUUUCUUCACUACUCGCCUCGCUCGGUCAGGAACCCCAGCAAGUGGCCUGCGCUCCCACUCUCGUGCAGGGAGCUGAUAUCGGAAUACGGGAAGGAACUGACGGAGCUGAGCAAAAGGCUGUUGAGCUUAAUAUCAAGAAGCUUGGGAUUGGAAGGAGACUACUUGGAGAGGGCAUUUGGAGGACGCGAGGAGUUUGGGGCAUGCCUGAGGACCAACUUCUACCCGAAGUGCCCUCAGCCCGACCUCACUCUCGGCCUCUCCGCACAUUCCGACCCGGGCUUCUUGACCAUUCUCCUCCCCGAUCCACAUGUGUCGGGUCUUCAGGUCCGACAUAGAGACCACUGGGUCACGGUCAAGCCCAUCCCUAAUGCUUUGAUAGUCAACCUGGCUGACCAGAUGCAGCACAUUCAGGUGGUGACGAAUGCAAUUUACAGGAGCGUGGAGCAUAGGGUGAUCGUGAAUUCGGCGAGAGAGCGAGUCUCGUUGGCAUUCUUUUGCAACCCCAAGAGCGACCUACUGAUUCAACCUGCCAAGGAGCUUGUGACCGAGGACCGGCCUGCUCUCUACUCUCCGAUGACUUACGAGGAGUACAGAACUUACAUCAGAACCAAAGGUCUUCGUGGCAAGUCGCAAGUUGAAUCCCUAGUUCGAUUACCCACCAAAAAUUGAUGCCGUAAACUUCUGACGUUUGAUAAAUAGUAUCCUAUGAGGAGGACUUCUGUCCCAUCUCGCAGCAUCUAUGUAUGUGAAGUUCGGCUUUGUUGCUGUAGUCGAUUUUAAGUCUGGAAUGUCAAGUUGUGUGUUUAUGUUUUAGUAGUGCGUAACGUGUUCUUCUAAGGUCGAUAAUUUAGAAAAACCUGUCUUUAUUAGGUUAGUUCUUCAACAAUCAAUCAGUUAUUUUAGGUACUCGUGAGGAUUGGAGAACUGGACAUCCUCAGUUACGUA